AUGGAGCAGGGAUUCAUCUCGGAUGUUAUCAGUACAGAUCUGCACUCCGGCAAUAUCAACGGUCCUGUCUACGAUCUUCCGACAACGUUAUCAAAAUUCUUAAAUCUUGGACUCUCGCUUGAAGAGGUCAUUGAGAAAUCAACGACUGCUGCGGCAAAGGCAAUUGGGCGUGAGGCUGAACUCGGUCAUCUCAAAAUCGGGACGGUUGCCGACAUUGCUGUUUUUGAUGUCAUUGAGGGUGAGUUUGAGCUUUUCGACACACACGGCACAAUGGUUAUUGCCAACCAGAAGUUGCAAGCAGAUUUAACCAUCCGUGAGGGGAAGUUGUAA